AUGAUCUCUGAACUCGAACAUGUGGAGGGCACAUACGGGAAAGGGGAAACGCUGCUGUUCUUGAAAGAUUAUGAGAAAUUCGACAGAAAGGUGACGGGAAUGACGAGGUCAUUCCUAUUCGCUCCAGAUGUGGAAUAUAAACCGAGUCUUCAUAAUCUCCAGUUUUGGCUCGACAAGAUGGGAAACCCACCAACAGUAAAAUACGUGAGAGGGAACGAAUCUGAUGAGGGCCAUCUCACGUCGUUCUCGUUCAUAGUUCUGGGCAAGGGAAUGGCCGAGUGGGCGAAUCGGGCGCACUUCGUGCACGGGAUACGGCAGGUGCUCAACGAGCACCGUCAAUGGAACGCGACCCUCUUCGACGGCGACUCCGCUGUGCUCUCUUUGAUCCUGACUGGAGAGUUUGCACCAACUAUUUCAAGGCUGGGAAUUCAGGUUGGCUAUGACUUGAUUGGUUCGAUAGCAGCUACCGUGGCAUGUAUGGCUGGAAUUUGUCUACUGUUCGUCAAUAGUCGACUAGGAGUAUUAAUUAUUACUUACACCAUCGCAUCUAUUUGUUUUUGUAACCAACUAUGCUUUCUUGUAGGCCUGGUUGGUCUGUUGUCGUGGUGGGGAGCUGAUCUCGAUCCUGUUACCCAAGUUGAUGUUCUUCUGGCUACCGGAUUCAGUGUUGACUACACUGCUCAUGUAGCAUACCAAUUCUACCGUAAUUACGGCUCCGCGCAGGAGAGGGUGAAGAGCAGUUUAAGCGAGAUGGCUGCGCCGAUGAUACAGGCUGGUCUUUCCACGUUCCUAUGCAUGUUGCCGCUAAUUUUCGUUCCUACAUAUGCAAUCGUCGCCUUCGCGAAAACCAUAUUCAUCAUUGUAAGCAUCGGCCUUCUGCACGGCUUAUUUGUCCUUCCUGUGCUGCUUUCCCUCUCAGUACAUUCAUCCACCCCUUCACCUCUUCCAGUCAAAAUGGAACAUGACAUCGAGAACGAAUCAGAUCAAUAG